AUGGGGAUUUGUUUAAUUAAGGCCACAGGGAAGUACCGAGUACAUGAUUUUGUAUCCGAACACAAUCAUAUACUUCAUUCACCAGAUACUAGCUACCUAUUGUCUUCACAAAGAAAAAUAUCUGAAGUGCAAGCCAUUGAAAUUGAACUUGCUGAUGAUUCUGGGAUCCGACCUAGAGCAGCGCAUGAGUUUAUUGGUGCACAUGUGGGUGGAUCUAGCAAUCUUGGCUACACUCAUCGGGACCAUAAAAACUAUUUACGAAGUAAGCGCCAAAGAGAUUUGAUGUAUGGGGAAGCAGAGCAAAUAACUAACAUAUUCUGGGCCGAUGCUAAGAUGCUUAUUGAUUAUGCUUUAUUUGGUGAUGUUGUUGCAUUUGACACUACAUUUGGUACUAAUAAAGAACAUAGACCACUUGGCGUAUUUGUUGGGUUUAACCAUUUUAGGGAGACAACGGUUUUUGGUGCGGCUCUUUUAUAUGAUGAAACAAUAGAAUCUUUUAAAUGGUUGUUUGAAACGUUUCUAGCAACACACUGUAACAAGGAGCCAAAGACUAUUUUCACUGACCAAGAUAUUGCUAUGGGUAAGGCUAUUGCGGAGGUGAUGCCAAAUGUGUGGCAUGGACUAUGUACUUGGCACAUAACUGAAAAUGCAACCAAACACUUGCUAUGUGAUGGGCUGGAAGUUUUUCGAGCAUUCAAAGCUUGUAUGUAUGAGUAUAAAGAAGAGGCGGAGUUUGAAGAGGCAUUCAGUGCAUUGCGUGGAAAAGUCUCAAAAGGUACAUGGUUAGAUAGUAUUUAUGCAGUAAAAGAAAAAUGGGCAGAGUGUUACAUGACAAAUGUGUUUUCGUUGGGGAUGCGUAGCACUCAAUUAAGUGAAAGUUUCAAUAAAGAUUUAAAAGAUUAUCUAAAAUGCACUAUGGAUAUAAUGCGGUUUUUUAAACAAUUUGAGAGAGUCUUGGGGCUAAAGCGUCAAAAUGAGACAAACAAUGAGUUUGAUUCUAAGGAGAAACUGCCAAGAAUUAAGAUGAGAAGAACACCUUUACUUAGGCAAGUUGGCCAAAUAUAUACUUCUAAUAUAUUCGAAGCAUUUCAAGACGAGUAUGAAUGGUCAACAGCUGCUAUUAUUAAGCCGCCUGAGUAUAGAGUUGUAAUUUCAGACCCUGAGAAUGAUAGCUCUAUUAAUAAAGAGUACCAAGUGUUCGGUGAUCCUUUGAUCGAAACAGUUUCAUGUAGUUGUAAGAUGUUUGAAAGAUUGGGGUUAUUAUGUGCUCAUGCUUUGAAGGUUCUUGAUACCAUGAACAUUAAAUUGAUUCCUAGGAAAUAUAUUUUGAAGCGUUGGACUAGAGAAGCAAAGGCUGAAACUGUGCAAGAUACCUCAGGGAGAACUAUUCUUGAGGACCCUCGGUUGGAUGUUACUCGUAGAUACAAAGCUUUAUGUCAAAAAUUUGUGAAAGUAGCUUCUGGUGCAUCUAAUUUUGUAGAAUCGUCGUCACUGCUAGAGAAUGGGUUGAAUAAUUUGAGUGUUGAGGUUGACAAGUUGUUGUUGAGCCUUAAAAGAGAAAGGGGUGAAACUCCCUUAUUGUCUGAGGGGACUGCAAGUGAACAAGGAUCAACACAAACAUAUGUUCCUAACAAUGUUACUUUGAAGCCAAAAGAGGGGAAAAAAGGAGGAAAGCGAAGGAAAAGUUGGACGGAAAAAUUUCAUGAUAAAGAUAGUUAA